AUGAUUGUUGAGCGGCCAGAAGCUGUCCCCCGCACAGGUUUAAAAACUGAGCGCCGAGGGAGUGACAGUCACUUGGGGGGUGGAGAGAGGGGUCUGGAUGGCCCUCCAGGCGAGGCUCUCCGAGCACCCGGCGGCACCAGGCUGGUCGCGGACUUAUCGGCCGCGGGGCGGGGUUUCGAUACUCUUGAUUGGCAGGAUAAAUUACUUAUGUCCCUGGGCACGAUCAUGGCUAUAGCUCACAGGGCAGGUCUCCCCCUCAUGAUGAUAGUGUUUGGAGAAAUAACUGGCAGAUUUGUCAAUACCACAGGAAACUUCUCCUUUCCAGAUUACUUGUGUUUGACCAGUGACCAAAACUUUAACACAAACACCAUAAAGUUUUUUCAUGCUGUUCUACGACAAGAAAUAGGCUGGUUUGACAUCAACACCACCACUGACCUCAAUAUAUGGCUAACAGAGUAUCAAAAACAUCUAGAAAAUACCAAAAAGACUGGAAUUACAAAAGCUAUUUCAGCAAACAUUUCCAUGGGCAUUGCCUUCCUAUUGCUAUAUGCAUCAUAUGCACUGGCCUUCUGGUAUGCAUCCACUCUCGUUAUAUCAAAAGAAUAUACUAUUGGAAAUGCAAUGACAGUCUUUUCUUCAAUCCUGAUUAGAGCUUUCAGCAUUGGACAGGCUGCUCCAUGUAUUGAUGCUUUUGCCAAUGCAAGAGGAGCAGCAUAUGUGAUCUUUCAUAUUAUUGGUAAUGGAACAAAGAUAUCUUUUUCAGAGAGAGGGCACAAACCAGACAACAUCAAAGGGAAUUUGGAGUUCAGUGAUGUUCCCUUUUCUUAUCCAGCUCGAGCUAAUGUCAAGAUCUUGAAGGGCCUCAGUCUGAAGGUUCAGAGUAAGCAGACAGUGGCCCUGGUUGGGAACAGCGGCUGUGGGAAAAGCACAAUGGUCCAGCUGAUACAGCGGCUCUAUGACCCUGAGGAGGGUAUAAUUAACAUUGAUGGGCAGGGUAGUAGGACCUUUAAUGUAAGGUAUCUGCGGGAAGUAAUUGGAGUUGUGAGUCAGGAGCCAGUACUAUUUUCUACUACAAUUGCCGAAAGUAUUCGUUAUCGCUGAGAUAUAACCAUUGACGAGAGAAAGAAAGCUCUCAAAGAAGGCAGCGCCUAUGAGUUUAUCAUAAAAUCACCACAGAAAUUUGACACCCUGUUUCGAGAGAGAGGGGCCCAGCUGAAUGGGGGACAGAAACAGAGAAUCGCCGUCGCUCGAGCCCUGGUUCAUAACCCCAAGAUCCUUCUGCUGGAUGAGGCCACGACAGCCUUAGACACUGAAAGUGAAGCUGAGGUACAGGCAGCUCUGGGUAAGGCCAGAGAAGGCCAGACUACCAUUGUGAUAGCACACUGAUUGUCUACAGUCUGAAAUGCAGAUGUCAUUGUUGGACGAGAUGGAGUCAUUGUGGAGCAAGGAAGCCACAGUGAACUGAUGAGGAAGGAAGGGGUGUACUCCAAGUUUGUCAAAAUGCAGACAUUAGGAGACGAGCUCCAUUCAGAAGAAUUUGCCCUUGAAUUAAACGAUGAAAAGGCUGCCGUGGGUAUGGCCCCAAAUGUCUGGAAAUCUCGCAUAUUUAAGAAUUCUACUCAUAAAAGCCUUAUGAAUUCUUGAAAGUAUCAAAAUGGCAUUAAUGUGGAAACCUAUGAACUUGAUGAAACUAUGCCACCAGCGUCUUUUCUGAAGAUCCUGAAACGGAAUAAAACGGAAUGGCCCUACUUUGUGGUGGGAACAGUAUGUGCCAUUGCCAAUGGGGCACUUCAGCCAGCAUUUUCUAUCAUAUUUUCAGAGAUGAUAGCACUAAGUAUUUUUGGACCAGGGGAUGAUGAAAUAAAGCAGGAGAAGUGCAACAUGUUCUCAUUACUUUUUUUAGGUCUGGGAAUGAUUUCUUUUUUUACUUGCUUCCUUCAGGUAGGUACAUUUGGGAAAGCUGGUGAGAUCCUCACCACAAACUUUCGGUCAAUGGCUUUUAAAGCAAUGCUAAGACAGGACAUGAGCUGGUUUGGAGAUCAUAAAAACAGUACUGGUGCACUUUCCACAAGACUUGCAACUAAUGCCUCCCGAGUCCAAGGAGCCACUAGGACCAAGUUGGCUUUAAUUGCACAGAAUACAGCUAACCUUGGAACUGGUAUUAUCAUAUCAUUUAUCUAUGGUUGGCAGUUAACCCUUCUGUUGUUAUCGAUUGUUCCAAUUAUUGCUGUAUCAGGAAUUUUUGAAAUGAAAACAUUGGCUGGAAAUGCCAAAAGGAAAAAAGAACUGGAAACUGCUGGAAAAAUCUGUUCCACAUUACACGUGGCAACAGAGGCAAUGGAAAAUAUUUGGACCGUUGUGUCCUUGACCCAGGAAAGAAGAUUUGAAUCAAUGUAUGUUGAAAAAGUGUAUGGAGCUUACAGGAAUUCUGUGUGGAAGGCACGCAUCUAUGGAACUACUUUUAGUAUUUCAUGAGCAUUUAUGUAUUUUUCCUAUGCUGGUUGUUUUUUAUUUGGUGCCUAUCUCAUUAUGAAUGGACAUAUGCGUUUCAGAGAUGUUAUUCUGGUGUUUUCAGCAGUUGUGUUGGGCACAGUGGCUCUAGGACAUGCUAGUUCCUUUGCUCCAGACUAUGCUAAAGCCAAGCUGUCUUCAGCUUACUUAUUCAUGCUGUUUGAAAGACAACCUUUGAUUGACAGCUAUAGUGAAGAAGGCCUGAGCCCUGAUAAAUUUGAAGGAAAGGUGACCUUUAAUGAAGUCAUGUUCAACUAUCCCGCCUGGUCCAAUGCGCCAGCGCUUCAGGGGCUGAGCAUUGAGGUGAAGAAGGGCCAGACGCUCGCCCUCAUGGGCAGCAGCGGCUGUGGGAAGAGCACAGUGGUCCAGCUCCUUGAGUGGUUCUACGACCCCAUGGCUGGAACAGUGUUUGUGGACUUUGAUUUUCAGCUCCUAGAUGGUCAAGAAGCAAAGAAAUUCAAUGUCCAGUGGCUCAGAGCCCGGCUUGGAAUUGUGUCCCAGGAGCCCAUCCUGUUUGACUACAGCAUUGCUGAGAAUAUUGCUUAGGGAGGCAACAGCUGGGUUGUAUCACAGGACGAAAUUGUGAGUGCAGCCAAAGCAGCCAACGUAUGUCCUUUCAUUGAGACCUUACCCCACAAAUAUGAAACAAGAGUGGGAGAUAAAGGGACUCAGCUCUGAGGAGGUCAAAAACAGAGGAUUGCUAUUGCCCGAGCCCUCAUCAGACAACCUCAGAUCCUCCUGUUGAAUGAAGCUACAUCAGCUCUGGAUACUGAAAGUGAAAAGAUAGUCCAAGAAGCCCUAAACAAAGCCAGAGAGGACCGCACCUGCAUCGUGGUCACUCACCGUCUGUCCACCAUCCAGAACGCACACUUAGUAGUGUUUCAGAAUGGCAGAGUCAAGGAGCAUGGCACACACCAACAGCUGCUAGCACAAAAAGGCAUCUAUUUUUCUAUGGUCAGUGUCCAGCUGGGGUCACAGAACUUUUGAACUCUUGUUGUAGUAUAUUCCAAAAAUAAAUUCAAAUCAUUCUACAGCUUUUUCUGCCUUAUAAAAGAAGUUUAUAAGUCAUCAUAAAUAUAGGUAUAUAUUAUUCCAGAUCAAUUUAGAACAUCCAAUAUGUUCUAAAUCCAAUAUGUUUCAUAUGACAGCAUUUGAAAUUUAGGAGUUACAAGUGACACCUGUCUUGAUGAAGAAUGAAAAUAACCUAGCUCUUCCUGAGUUAUCAGAAACAUACAGAAGAGAAGAAGAAAGUUCAGGUAUUUAAGCAGUAGAAUUAAUAGAAGUCACAGACAUAAGGAAAGUUCUUAUGGUCCUGAAUAGUUGUGUAGAUAACAGGAUGGUUUGGGAACAAUUUUCCCAAGAACAAAGGAAAAAUAAAUUGUUCAAAAGUCUGCUCUUUCCCUUAGUAAGUUUCCAAAUUUAUUCUAUUGGAGAAGUGAAGUAUUUUAAAAUGAAUAUAUUCCCAGCUUUAACAUCAAAGUCCAAGAGUAAAUGCAAUUGUCCUUAGAUAAGCUAUGAAGGCACACAUCUGUUCCAUAAGGCAAGAAAGCAGCACACCAUCAAGUAUUACUUUUAAAAAAUGUUUAAAAUUUCUUAGUAAAAGUUGCACAUAUUAUCUUAGUGCAACUUGAAAUACUGGAAAUAUCAAUAAUAAAAUGCUGAGUUUCUAUAACAACUGUAUUUUUACUGGUAAUUCUAAUUUUCCCAGGUAUUAAUCCACUUCUCCUACAAGAGGGAAGUAUGUUUAGACAGAGAACAAAAAAGUAUUCCAGGCAACCUUUGGAAGUUAACCACACUGAAAUGUUUUUUCUAUAAUUUUCCAUUUGUUUUCUCCAUAAUCUACUGCAGCAAUAUAAAUUGUCAUUGCUGUGACAGGUUGUUUAGGUAGUAAACUAUCCAUAACAACUUCUUCUAUCUGUAAUAAACCAGACAUUACUAGAGAAUUUUUCAAAUGUGACCGUGUGUAUCAGUGGACUGAAUUCCAGAUUAACCAAAAGAAGAGUAGGGCAAGGGGUACAUUACCACGGUGACUCAAAGUGAACAGAAUUCAACCUACUCUUGUUUAAUUAUUCCAAAAGCUGCCUGAUAAGGACCAUGGGACUUCUGCCUCUGGAAAUUCUGACUCAGUUCCUCUGGGUUGAGGGCCAGGAAUAUCUUUGUAAAAAGCAUUCCGGGUGAUUUUUAACUUCAGGUAGGUUAGGGAAACGUGUUGAAGCAUGAAUGAGAAGAGAUUUCUCUGCAGAAGGUGAUCAGCUUUUAAAAUAUCCAAGUCUUUAGACAUUAUUUAAGAACAACCAACCAAAUAAUUCUAAAGGCCCUGCUUAUCUAGUCUACAAAAUAGUACAAGUGAGGAAAAAGGUCCAUAGUUCAGAUUUCAUCUUCCUAUUAGGAUAUAUCAAAUGCCAUACUCCGAAUGUUUUCACAAAGAAAUAAUGAUAAAUAAAUCAGUCUUAUCAAAUUCAGAACAUGAUCAUGUAAAGAAAAAAGGGACGUAUACAACCAGUACACUAAAUGUACUAUAAUCUUUAUGUGGUAGAUUGCUACAAAAAUGGCCCCAAUAAGUCAUGCCCUCUUGUACCCACUCAUUUACAUUUACAAAAUGACUCUACUGUUCCUCUUAUCAAAAGAUGAGACUUUCCCCCUUCUCCUUGAAUCUGGACUGUUCUCAUAACUUGUUUUAACCAAUAAAAGGCAAAAGAAGUGACAUCAUGUGACUUCAGAGGCUAGGCCUCAAGAGACCUUGCAACUGCCACCUUUCCCUCUUGGAACAUUCCUACUGCCAAGUAUGAAAGUCCAAGCUAGAAAACUGAAUGAUCAAAGACCACAUGGAGAGAGAGUCCCAGCCACCAAGUCCUCAGACAGUGGGUGAGGCCAUCUUAGACUUUCCAGCCUCAGUCUGGUGACUGCAGCUGCAUAAAAUAACUCAGGCAAGACCAGCAGAAGAACCAUCCGGCUGGGCACAAUCAACUGACACAAUCACAGGAAGU